CUGGCCACCAUGCCCUCGCCCCGCGUGGUGAAGACCCACCUGCCCGCACAUAUCCUGCCCAAAUCCUUCUGGGAAAACCGCUGCAAGAUGAUAUACGUGGGGCGCAACGCCAAGGAUGUGGCUGUCUCCUAUUACCACUUUGACCUGAUGAACAAGUUCCAGGCGCACCCUGGGACGUGGGCCCAGUACCUGGAGGAGUUCAUGGCCGGCAGAGUGGCAUAUGGCUCCUGGUAUGACCAUGUCAGGGGCUACUGGGAGCGGAGGAAGGAUCACCCCAUCCUCUAUCUCUUCUAUGAGGACUUGAAGGAG